GCUGUCAACACCGCCUUUCUGUCCAACGUUUGUCCAGCCCAAAAAAGGUUUCCUGUCCUAAUCGAUCGACAUGUCUAGCACAUUAGCGCAUACCGCAGCCAUAACGGAGGCUUGUAAUACGUUACGGUCAAUAGCAGCCGAGUUUCUUGAAAUCAAACAAAAGUCCGACAAUUCCACAAUAGAUUCGCUACAAGACACAAGAACUAACACACAAUUUGCACUAUUGAAAGAACUUCAUACAACAACUUACAAUCAUACGCGAGAAAUGAAGAACUUGACGGCAGAAGCGCGACAGAUCAUGGAUCUUCGACACUUGGGUUUGCAGAACAUCGCGUACGAAAAGCGUCAUUUGGAGGAAGAAAUCGUGAAGUGCCGGCAAUUUAGAUCUAUAUAUCAAGAUAUUGAAUUGAUUUCAGAAGAAGAGUUCCUCAACACAGCACCUCCGGAACUCACACAAGAUAGCAACGCGCAUGCACGUAUGAUCAACAGAUUAAAAUUUGAGCACCAGGAGCGAUUACGACUCAAGCAAGUUUUGGAGGAUCUCAAUCAGGAACGUCUGCAACUCAUCAAAGAACAUAGAUUGGAAGGCUCUCAAUUAGAAGAUCUGGAUUCGCAGCUCGACGAUAUUGUCAAGGCAUGCCAGCCAAUAGAGAAAAUGCUGAAUCCACCUCCUGCCCUGGAACCUACACCAAUGGACACAACCGAAGCUUCAUAAUGGUUCGACCCCAUACAAAUAGAUUGACCUGUAUGACCAUUCGGAAGAGUUUAUGUUCCAGACCUGGCAGCAUACCAUGUAAAAUAUACUAGUUUUGAA